CGAGUUGCAAUGUGCAGUUUAUGCUGAAUGUAUGCUGUACAAUAAUUCAGGCUGGGAUGAAGCCUAUCCUGAUUUUAUCUAUCUUUUUUGUGGUAGUGAAAGGGUCUCACUUCCGCGGAGGUAUUUUUACAUGGCGGCAUAUUUCUGGAAAUGAGGUCCGAGUCAAACACAGAAUGUCAUGGAGGAACACAUUUUAUUCUCCCGUUUGUGAUGAUGAUUAUAAGGAUAGUGGAACAAAUAGGACUUUCGGUACUGUCAGCUGUUUUAGUGGAUGUAGCGGUUUUACAUGGAAUACUCCUUCCCUCUUGUCUGUCUGUACAGAUUUCAGUACCUCUGAAGAUUGGGCAACAUACGAAGGGGAAUUCGAUGUUUCUCUACCAUCUUCAUCGACAUCCUAUUUCAUUGGGUACGAUUCGUGUUGUUGGAUAAGCUCACUGGUGUUGAACUCCAACUCCAACUGGAGGAUAGCAACACGUGUAGACCUUACAUACCGACAAGACAUAGGUGGUAUCAAUACAUCUCCAGUAACAGCCAUGCAACCUAUCGUACGUCUUCAACGUGGUUGCAGUCAUAGUAUUAAAAUACCAGUUGCUGAUGAUGACGGAGACACAGUGAGAUGUAGAUGGGGACGAAAUUCACCAGAUGAUGAGUGUAGCGGAAUCUGUAAUUCUUUUCCGGGUGCUGUUUUAAAUGAGGCAACCUGUACAUUAAAUUAUUCCUCAGUGUCGAAUUCAGCUGGUUAUUAUGGCGUGGCUAUUCAGAUCGAAGACUUCGCUUCACCUUCAUCAUCUAUUCCACUAAGUAGCAUUCCCCUUCAAUUCCUGGUUGAAGUCUUUGAUUCUUCAAGUGCAUGUGCCUCGGCACCAACUUUUAUUUCACCAACGCCACCUGAUGGAAGGUGCUACGAGUCAGUUCAGGGCGUGACUUUUAGUGUAGAAAUUCGAAUCAGGACUGGAACCAGUAGCCAGUACAUCCAAGAAGUGGCUACGCAGUCCCCAGUUGGUGUUACCAAGUCCAGCAUCCAAGCCAUCUCCCAGACGGAUUACUACAUUACACUGAGGUGGACACCUACUAGCAGUCAACAAGGGUCCUACAUCAUCUGCUUCACAGCUGAGGAUAACUUGGGUUUAACAACGGAAUCACGAUGCAUUACUUUGAAUGCUGUUGGUUCCAGUACAUUGCCCUCGAUUGUCCUGGGCAGUCAGACACCUUCAGGAUCAGUAUAUGGCGAUAACCACCAGUGGUCUUUGAGAUAUUCGAAUUACUUUGUGCGCCCUUCAACAUCCACAUUCAUCAGAAUCUACGAAUCCAGUGGAUUACUAGUGGAACGGGUUGACGUCACAUCUUCAGCUGUUGUUUACCCACAAUCCACCAGCGGAAGACAGUUGUCAUUCUCCACUAACUACACCUACCAAAGAGGACGUUCCUAUUAUAUACAGUUUGACGAAGGCGUAGCCAAUAGAGAACUCGGUUGCAGUGUAAAAUCUCCGGCUAUUCAAAGCACUACGUUUUGGACUUUCUCAAUAUAUUACGUUCGCUGCAGUGACAAUCCUUGUAGCAACAGCUACCAAUGUACUGAUCUGGUUGGUGAUUACUCCUGUCAAUGUUACCCGGGAUUCACAGAUAAAAACUGUACCACAAAUAUUGAUGAAUGUUCGUCCAACCCUUGUUGGAAUGGCGGUACCUGUAUUGACGGCGUCAAUUCUUUCUCAUGUCUUUGUGAUUCUGAUCACUAUGGACCACUUUGUGGUGAACGUUAUAUAAGAUGUGGUGACAAUCCCUGUGAAAACAGCGCCACCUGUUCUGACGUAGUAGGUGGAUACAUGUGUUACUGCCCUAGUGGAUAUACAGGAGUGAAUUGUUCCACUAACACUGACGAAUGUGUCUCGAACCCUUGUCAAAAUGGUGGAACUUGUGUUGACAGAAUUGAUUCUUUCUCCUGUCUUUGUGAUCCUGAUCACUAUGGAUCCAUUUGCAGCGAACGUUACAUAAGAUGUCGAGACCAUCCCUGUGAAAACAAUGCCACAUGUUCUGACGAAGUGAGCGGGUACAGCUGUAAUUGUCCGAGAGGGUUCACAGGCGUGAACUGUUCUACUGAUAUCGACGAAUGUGAAACUGGUCCUUGUAAGAACAAUGCAUCUUGUUUAGACGGAAUAGAUUCCUACAAAUGUCAAUGUUAUCCGGGAUUUUAUGGGGAAAACUGCACGGAAAGGAAUUUGGUGAGACUAAUGGAUGGGAGUACUCCGUAUGAAGGGCGCGUGGAGAUCUUCAAUGAUGGAGUCUGGGGAACCGUGUGUGACGAUCACUGGGAUGACAAAGACGCGGCGGUUGUUUGUGGAAUGCUGGGAUACUCCAGAAAUAAUGCAAAAGGACUGUGUUGUGAAGUAUAUGGCAAAGGAGGGCCUCAGAUAUGGCUGGAUAACGUCGAAUGCCUGGGGACUGAACAAGAUAUUUUCCACUGCCAACACAUAGGAUGGGGAAAUCAUAACUGUGAUAACCAUGAAGAUGCAGCGGUUGUAUGCUCAUCAAAUGAUAAGCCUAUAAGACUUGUUGGCGGGCCAAGUCAAUAUGAAGGAAGACUUGAGAUUUAUUACAAUGGAGAAUGGGGUACUGUCUGUGAUGACUACUGGGAUGAGAAAGAUACUGCCGUGGUCUGUCAGUCACUGGGAUUUUCAUCAAAAAAUGCAGUUAGUAUGUGUUGUGCUAAGUUUGGAGAAGGAACGGGUCCCAUACUUUUGGACGAUGUGGAUUGCUUGGGAAGUGAGACAGAUAUCGGACAAUGCAAACACAGAGGAUGGAAGGUCCAUAAUUGUCAACAUUUAGAAGAUGUGUCUAUUAGAUGUUCACCUAAAGAAGAUCCAUCAACAAUUUUUUCUACGACACUGACAACAAACCCAAGGGAAUCAACAUUGCAGUCAACAACUCCUCCUGCAACAACAACAACAACAACACCAAUAAUGAUAACAACAAAGGAUACUGAUACAACUUCUAUUACCGAAAUUUCCAACAAAACCAUUCGACUUGUUGGAGGAGCUACUCCCUAUGAGGGCAGAGUUGAAGUUUACUACAACGGGGAAUGGGGAACAGUUUGUGAUGACGGUUUGGAAAACAGUGGUCAAGGGAAUUGGAAUAACUCUUUUUCUAAAGUGAUAUGCCGAUCUUUGGGAUAUUCCUCGUAA